UCGGCAUCUUGUUAGUUCUUGAUGUUAUGACAGCCGGAAUACCCACCGGGUCUGGAUCUUUGGAUCAGGAACGGUCGGCCACGCUAGCUAUCUGGCUAGUAUCUGUCGGUUCUAACCCAAAGGGGCCAGAAAUUUUCAUGACUUCGUUCUCUCUCCCUUUGCCCUCGUCUAGAGUAUUUCCAACGAAAGAACACAAAGAUGAUCCGAUGACACCAUGUGGUAUCGCUACGUCGCUAUCCUUGCCUGCAUCUCUUAUGCCAUCAGUUCAGCAGAACAAUUACCCGGAUCCGGUCGAGCCCAGCGUCCUUCCUACCUGAUCCCCGACCUAGCGGCGAACUGCUUCAUCGGAGAUACCAUCCAUCCCGAUGCUCCCCAAGAAGCAUACACACCAUAUCUCACGGUCGGAUACGAAACAGCCCAAUGUGAGGGCGAUCUUUGCGGAAAGCCCAUCUGCUGCCCACCUGAGAUCGCGCGAGAAAUCGAUCUCCAUGACUGCACAUGGCGUGGCUCAGCAUCAGACUGCCACGGCCAAUGCGCCACGGGGCAAGUCAAGCUCGCGCACUCGACGUGGGACGAGCCCCCUGCCUCCGAGAGCCCCAUGAGCAGCUGCAAGCGUGGAUCAAAAGCCCUCUGCUGCGGUCUGAUAUCCUACGAGAAAAUGGUCACGGAAUGUUAUCGUUCUCCGGGGUUCGGCUACCCAUGCACACACGACUACACCAGCAUCGCCCAUUUCUGGAACCCCUGGGUACCAUGGAAAAAAGGCCGUCCGGUCUACAACCCCGGCGAAGACAUCUGCUGUCCGAUGAGCUCUCCGCUGCCAUUUGUUGACUGUCAUUGGGUGGGUGGGGGCGAUUGCGUGGAUGCGACUUGUGCGGCGGGGGAAGUCAGUCUUGGAGCUGAUGGUGUUGGAGGGGAUGGGGAGUCGUGUAUUGGAGCUGGAUUGAAGUCUCUUUGCUGCAGGCCUAAUUUGGCGGCGCUGGAUGGGAUGGUGUGCGGGGUUGAUGAUUUCUGCUUGGAGGAUCCGUAUGGCUGUGAAGAUGAUGAGGUUGAUGAGGACUGGUUCGGGGGGUAGAAGUGGACAAGAAUUUUCGGUACCCUAGGAACUACCCUAGCAGGACUCAGCACAGGACAAAUGGAGUGAGCGGGAGAAGGACCCGAUUAUGUACAGAGUAACCGAUCGAUCGAUUAUACCCAAGCCCUU